AUGGAUUUCAGAUGUCCCUGGAAGAAAGGGCGGAUCACCCAAGGGAAGCAGAAAGAAGAUGCCACCUGUUGCCACUCGGAGAUGCUCAGGCAGCUCCUCCAGCUCUUCGGGACAGAGGCCAGCAGAGAUGCCUGGGCAGAGAGGCCGCUUGGGCAACUUGUCACUAGUCUGUUGAGUGGCCUGGAAGCGCUGGAGGGGAGAGCAGCAGAGCCAAGCCCGUCCUGUGCGCCUCCUUUGGCCAUGGCCAUCCGCACCUACUUUUUGGGCAUCUCUCGCUAUCUCGAGGGAAAGGGAUAUAGCCCUUGCUCCUGGGAGAUCGUCAGAGCGGAAAUGCAAGUGGCCCUUUCAACAUUCCCAGUGCCUGCAGAGAGAAGCCCCAAGAAGAGAAGAAGGUCCAUGGAGGAAUCCCCGCUGCUCAGGUGA